AUGGAUGCUGCUGAAGCAGUAAGGCUUAUUGAACAUAUACAUGCUGGAAUUUGUGGUACACAUAUGAAUGGGCUUACUUUGGCAAGAAAGGUUCUUCGAGCCGAUUAUUUCUUGAUAACUAUGGAGAGUGACUGUUGCAAAUUCGUACAAAAAUUCCACAAAUGUCAAGUGCACAACGAUUUGAUACGGGUGCCACCUCACGAACUUAACGCUAAAAGUUCACCAUUGCCAUUUUGGGUGGAAGCAGCCUCUUACAAGUCGGUAACCAAUAAAGUGGUGGCCAAUUUUGUCCGCAACAAUCUGAUAUGCAGAUUUGGAAUUGAAGAAUACAUCAUUAAUGAUAACGGUGAAAAUCUCAACAGUCAUUUAAUGAAAGAGAUAUGUGAGCAAUUUAAGAUUAUUCAUCGAAAGUCAACUACUGAUCGCCUCCAAAUGAACGGAGCUGUAGAGGACGCCAACAAGAAUAGCAAAAAGAUUUUGAGGAAAAUGAUUGACAACCAGCGAGGGUGGCAUGAAAUGUUGCCAUAUGCUCUACUAGGUUAUCUAACGAUGGUCAGAACAUUGACUGGGGCUACUCCAUACUUGCUAGUAUAUGAAACGGAGGCAGUCGUGCCUGUUGAAAUUGAGAUACCGUCAUUGAGGAUCAUCUAA